CCUCCUGCAUCUCCUUCCCUCGCAGCAUCCUCGGCUGCGCAGCCGGCGCUGGGGCUCGGGGGAUGGCCAGACUCCCGGCGAGCGAGCCCAGGCAGCAGGCGCAGCAGUCCCAGCAGCCGCCCCACGCCUCCCCCAUGAGUGGUGGUGGCGGCGGCGGCUCUGAGCCCGAGGGCAUGAAGGACCUGGAUGCAAUCAAGCUCUUUGUGGGCCAGAUCCCCCGGAACCUGGAGGAGAAGGACCUGAAGCCCCUCUUCGAGCAGUUCGGCCAGAUCUAUGAGCUCACGGUGCUGAAGGACCGCUACACCGGCAUGCACAAGGGGUGUGCUUUCCUUACUUACUGCGCCCGGGAUUCUGCCAUCAAAGCCCAGACAGCCCUGCAUGAACAGAAGACGCUCCCUGGGAUGGCACGGCCGAUCCAGGUGAAGCCCGCAGACAGCGAGAGCCGUGGAGGUAGGGACAGGAAGCUCUUUGUAGGCAUGUUGAAUAAGCAGCAAUCUGAAGACGACAUUCUCCGGCUCUUUGAACCGUUUGGGGUCAUCGAUGAGUGUACAGUACUCCGAGGUCCUGAUGGCAACAGCAAAGGCUGCGCCUUUGUUAAGUUCUCCUCUCACAUGGAGGCCCAAGCUGCAAUCCACGCGCUCCACGGCAGCCAAACUAUGCCUGGUGCCUCCUCCAGCCUCGUGGUGAAGUUCGCCGACACGGACAAAGAGAGGACCUUAAGGCGCAUGCAGCAGAUGGUGGGACAGCUUGGGAUUCUGACACCCUCCCUGGCUUUGCCGUUUAGCCCGUACAGUGCAUACGCGCAGGCCCUGAUGCAGCAGCAAACAGUCCUCUCGGCGUCUCACGGCAGCUUUGUGAGUCCAAGCCUCACCUUUUCUCCUUGCCACAUCCAGCAAAUCGGCACCGUCAGCUUAAACGGCCUGCCAGCCACUCCCAUGGCACAAACCUCAGGGUUACACUCACCUCCCCUCUUGGGCACCACUGCAGUCCCAGGGUUGGUCACCCCCAUCGCCAACAGCUUCACCGGAGUGCUACCCAUCCCAAGUAGCCAUCCCACCCUGGAGGCCGUGUAUGCAAACGGACUCAUGCCUUGUACAGCCCAGAACCCCUCGGUAGCAGAGAACUUGCAUCCACACUUCGCUGGAGUCCAACAAUAUGCAGCGAUGUACCCAGCCACGACCAUCACCCCAGUAGCUCAGGCGAUCCCGCAGCCUCUCCCCAUCCUCCAGCAACAGCAGCGAGAAGGCCCCGAAGGCUGCAACCUCUUCAUCUAUCACCUCCCCCAAGAGUUUGGCGACAACGAGCUCAUGCAAAUGUUCCUUCCCUUUGGGAACAUUAUCUCCUCCAAAGUGUUCAUGGACCGGGCCACGAACCAGAGCAAAUGUUUUGGUUUUGUGAGUUUUGACAAUCCAUCCAGUGCCCAGACGGCCAUCCAGGCCAUGAACGGCUUCCAGAUUGGCAUGAAGAGGCUAAAGGUGCAGCUGAAACGACCGAAGGAGGCUGGACACCCCUACUGACAGGAGUGGGGAAGGGCUGCCUUUGUCGUGGAAUCUGUGCUCCCAGAGGUGACAGUCAAAACACAACCCUCUUCCAGUUAAUUUAUUUCUUUUGGUUCAAAGAAGAGGCUCAAGAACUGUUUUCUACCUAUUUUGCUGGAGGAGGAGACCCCCAACCUUGAAAUCCACCCACCGGACAGGAUGCACCGUGCGUGAGAACGGACCUUCGACGAUCACGGACUUUUUUUUUCUCCUGGAACCGAGCGGACCAAUCAGGCGACUUCAUUGCACCUCAAAGGUCACCUCGGUGGCCACACAACGUUGGCUUCUAACUGAAAGCAGAUGUAUAUAAAUAGAAAGAUAUAUAUUACAGUUGCUCUAUUUUUUUUUAGACAUGGAAACUCACAGGACCAAACUUUUCCUCUUCAGAGGCCAGCCGAAGGUAAGAAGAGGGGGAUGAUACUUCUCUGAGAGUGCCUGUCCCUUGAGCUUUUGGGAAAGGCCUAGUUUUCCAAGAAGAUGCACCUCGGACAUCGGACCUGGUGUUUUGGACGAUGAGAGAAAUUGUUUCCUCUGUUGCAUCCGCUGCCACGGACAGCAGGAUGCGGCCGGCUGGAAUCCUUCUCCUCCAGGCGGAAGCUGCAAGGCGUUGGGCCUCGCUUCGAAGGACCCACAGACAGGGAGAAGAACAUGAACUGCCUUCUGGCGGUGGGGGCAACAUGGCAGCCUCAUUGGCUGAUUGGGGGGACGUGGCGAAGCGGCAUCUCUCUCUUCUUGGCGGCCGGAUCUUCCUGACCAAACAGAGGGCUAAGAGCUUUUCAUGUAAGAAAAGGAUGAGCGAGGGAAGCAACCUCAACACGGCUGACAACACUGCCUCCGGAAACGGACUCGAAGAACUCUUCGGACUGGACAUUGAUGCCUCCCGACGUGUCUGACUGCACUCCAGGAAGACUCCAGGGAAACGUGUAUUGGGGAAGAGUUCUCGUUGAUGGACAAAUCAACCAGUAUGCAACAGAGAUCUGCGUGUGUCGCUAUACAACACAUGGCAGAGACUUGCACAGCCAAAGACCUGGCUGGUUCUUUUUUGAUCUGAAAUUUCAACCCACUUCACGGCUUCCUGUCUCUCGCCCUACCCACUGCCUUUCUUGUGUGAGAUUUCCUGCCUUUCGCAUUCUUGCUCCCCACCCCACCCCCACCCCGUGCCAGGAAUUCCCCAAGGCCCCCAUGGCCUCAGUGAUUCCCCAAGGCCCCCGUGGCCUCGGUGAUUCCCCAAGGCCCCCGUGGCCUCGGUGAUUCCCCAAGGCCCCCGUGGCCUCGGUGAUUCCCCAAGGCCCCCGUGGCCUCGGUGAUUCCCCAAGGCCCCCGUGGCCUCGGUGAUUCCCCAAGGCCCCCGUGGCCUCGGUGAUUCCCCAAGGCCCCCGUGGCCUCAGAAAUGGCCCCCCCGUCUCCUCAGGUCCACUGCAGCACGCAAACCCCACCCCAGCCCUUCCGAUCCCACAAGAUCUGCACCACCUGAUCACCUAGCAUAUCAUCCGCCUAGCAUAGCAGCCUGUUUCCAGCAGUAGUCAGCUAAAUGCCGCCUGGGAUUCCCAGGGGCGGCCUGCCUCCGGGUCCUCACAAGCAGGGUGUGAAGAAGAUGGGGCCCCUUUGGUGUUGUGUAUCCCUAGCUCAGAGGUAGACUGCCCCUGGAUAUGGAGGCUCUGUUUAGCUAUCACACUUCAUAGCCUUGUUUAGCCGUCACAUUAAAUAUCCACACAAGCUGCUUCGAGCUGCAGCGUGCCGCCCAGCACUCCCUGCAAGGGGGAUGAGCCCUGCCACUCACCUGGCUGCUGGCAGGGGUUCGGCUCCGUGGAUGUCAGGUGAGUGGCGGAGACGAUCCCCGCCGCAGGGAGUGCUGGGAGGCCCCGUGCUGCUCAGAGCUGCUUGCAGAGGUGAACAGAGCGGAGGUGCGCACCUAAUUUAUGUUUAAAGGUGCCUUUUAAACACCAUCCCCACCCCGGUGGCACCCACACCAGCUGCUACUGCUCCCUAGACCUCCCUUCAGUGGCCAGCCAGCUUCCCCUAAGGGCAGGCCAGCGGCUGGCCAUCAGGGUGACGGUCUUAACCAUCUCCUUCCUAGCCACUCUGGCCUCCAGUCCUCCCUAGUCCCUGCAGGACCCUUUUCUCCUCCCGGCUCCUCGUCCACAGGAGCAGCCUGCGGUAUUGUGGCCUCUGAGGCAAGGUGCCCAAUGCUGCCUUGCCCUAUGCUCCCGCCCCCUCCCCCUUUCCAAACCAACCCUGGAAGGGUUUGGAAGUGCCUGGGAGGCAGGUUCCCAGCAGCCUCCUCUUCUCUCCUCACGCUUCUUGCCAGCUUUCCAACCAACCCUCCUCGAAAAGCUUGCAAGGGUCGGCUCUGAUGGCGGCAUCGGGGUGGCGGUGGGGCAUUUUGCCACCCCAAUAACCUGCCGCCUAAGGCAACGAUCUCCGCUUGCCUCAUGAAAGGGCCGCCCUCGCUGAUUCCCUGGCUUCCCACAUUGUCUUUCCUUCCCUUUUCCUUCAACCUUCGACUCUUUAUAGUGCCAGCUGACCUGCUCCCAGCACCUUUCUCGAAAAACACUCAAGCCACCUCCACCCCCACAACCCAUGUACUCCUGCAACCCUGUUCCUCCCUAAACCCCAUCUCCAAUGGAAAGCACACAGAAAGACGCCCGCCCACCUUGCUUCUGCGGCAGGAGAUCCGACAUGCCAAGGGUAGCCGUUUGACCAAAAAUGUAUCUUUUUUUGUUUGUUUAAAAAAAAGCUACAGGGGAUCUCCUGCUCAGCGAGUCUGAAAUAUGCCAGAAUUUGAUUAUGUACUUAAAACAUUCCUGUUAGUGUUUUUGUGUGUGUGUGCGUGUCUGUGUGCACACAUGUGCAGUUGUGUGGAUGCCUCAAAUGCAGCUUCCUGAGUCCUUGCGACGGAACUUCAGAAACGGCAUCGCGAUGACAUCAUCGUAUCGGUUUCAGGGCUUACGAAGCUCCUUAUACCGAGUCGUGCCAUCAGUCAGCCUGGCCCUGUAUUGUCCCCUCUGAUUGCUUCCUGGCUUUCUAGGGGCUGGAGCAGAGAAAAGUGUUUCCCAGAACCUUUUUAACUGGAGUUGCCAGGGAUUGAGGCCGGGGCCUUCUGCAUGGCAAGCCAGGGCUCUUCCAAUGAGCGGUGUUUGGUUACACGCCAGCCAGCUGGGGGUCUCCUACUCCUGGCCAGUUGUAAAGCCAGAAAGUGGGGGGGGGGAUUAAGGCAUUCUGCAUUUUAAGGUUUAUUGCCCUACUGUGACUGCCAGUAUCUCUUCUCUCCCUUUUGAGAAGAGAGAGAUCUCAGUCAUUAACAGCAUGACUCUCUUAAUCUCAGAGCUGUAGGCUUGCGUCCCCAUGCCGCUCCCCAAAUCUGAUCCCCUUGGGAUAACUCUGUUGCCUUGAACAUGUGUGGUGGGUUGAGUUUAUUCUAUUUUAUUUCUUUUUAAAUGGUACCCUUCUAUCCUGGGAAAAUACAUUUUUGUACAUACACCCAGCCAACCUCCAUAAAUGUGCUAACUAAUUGGAUUUGGAUUUUUUUUUUAAAGUGCCAAUAAACAGAUGGCUGGUAGGAGAGAGGUGUUUAAAUUGGGAUAUUUAAAUCCCCGUUCUUUUCUAGCACCCUCUGAAUAAAACUGCAAGUGCUUUAAAAAGGUUUCUGAUGGCUUUCCAACCACACCACGAGUUAGGGCCACUGGAGCCCAUGGCUGUGUACAUAGAGAGUGCAGAAUAGGGGACUGAGCAGAAGAAUUUGGCAUCCUGAGAAGCUUGGUUCAUUUUUUAAAAUCAAGUUUCCAGUCCUCAUGGCUGCAAAGGGAUGCUUGGAAGCAGGUGGGCCAUUCAAGAGUGGCUGGUGCCAAGCAGUGUCCCCUGUAGCAAGGAUUCCCAGAUGUUGUUGACUACAACUCCCAUAAUCCCCAGAUGCAAUGGACAACAGCCAUUGCAGCUGGGGAUUAUGGGAGUUGUAGUCAACAACAUCUGGGAAUCCUUGUUACAGGGGACACUGGUGCCGAGGCUUCUGCAUCCGUGCCUCGCUCACGACAAGCAGAGUUGGAAUUUAUUAUGCAAUGCAGAAAAAGAAUUGCAGUAUAAGCUAUGCAAAAUUUUAAAAAGCAUCUCCACUUGGACGGUUCCUGCACUCGGAGGUGUUUCGACACAAACUUGCUCCUGCCGAUGGCAGUCAGUGGGUUAUGCCCUUCUAACCUAUGCCAGUUGCGGUGCUACUCGGCCUGGAACUGCCCUGUCUCCCAAGUAAAAUCCAAAGGAAGAAUGUCAGGUUCCUCUGAGGAGAAAUGAAAACUCCAAGAGGGAUUUCACGGUCUCUCCCCGCACUGAAACUGAGAGCGCACGUGAGAGUGCCUCUUGAGGAGCAGCAUCAGAGAAUGCUCGGCCCGCUUCUGGCGAAGCAUAGCGAUUCGCUUCUCAGAUCACUUCUGGCGAAGCAUAGCAACUUCCAAACUGGGAAGGCUCCGAGGUCACAUCUUGCCUCUGCCCGCAGCUCAAUUGGCCCAAGGCUUUCUCUUGGCCUCGGUUUCCUAUCUGUAAUAUGAGGGAAUAAUUAGGGCUGUGUCGGGGCGGAAUGAUCCCAAACCUGGCCAUUCUUGGAUUAUGCUAAUGAUGCAGAGGAUGGCCAGGAUCUCAUCGAGCCAAUAACCAUCAUCGGCUCGAUGCAUCAGGAGGAGGGGGGUCUUGCCUUAAAGAUGAGCCGGCUUCUGUGAGCAAAGGGGCUCUCAUUUCAAAAUGCCACCUUAGCCUCCACUAUGCACCCCCCCCCGCAUUAAUAGCAUCAUCCCUAUAAUCUACCAGGGCAAGAAGAAAGAAUAUGACAUUGGGUCAUUUUCCUGGUGUUUUACUGGGGUGGGGGGAAUGGCCAUGCCCUGUAGUUACAGAGUUCAGUCACCCCCACCCCAGUAAUGUACCAGUUAAGGGAUGUGAUGUCAUGAUCUUGCCUCCUGGCCUGGUGCAUUAUGGGCAGAGAAGAUGGAGGGCAAAGUGACUCUUUGAAUCACUGCAGCUACCAGACGGCAGCUGUUUUUCUUCACAGAAACAGGCUUUUCAUUUAAAGCAGGCCUGCCCAACCUAGCCCCCCCCCGCCAGCUGUUUUUGCACUACAACUCCCAUAAUCCCCAGCCACAGUGGCCAAUAGCCAGGGAUUAUGGGAGUUGUAGGCCGACAUCUGCAGGAGGGCUGAAGUUAAGCAGCCCCGAUUUAAGGGAAGCUUCACCCUCACCUUCUGAUCCCUUUCGCUACCAUACCAAGACUAUUCAGGAUUGCAUCAAGUCAGCUCCCGGAAUGGGAGGGAUUUUUCUCCAGAAUAGUUUCUGGAGAGAAAUGCUCCGACAGUGCUUGUAUCACCUUGGACCCAAGUAUCGGUCCGAUGCGAUACGCAGCCCCAGUAAUAAUAUUACAUGGCGAGUGGGUCACUGGAUCCAUCCAUCCCACAGCCAUCGCUAAAUGCCCAGAAAUGGAAGUGUACUCCUGGCAAACCCAAAGGGAUGCUUGACUUUGCUUUGCUUUAGACGAAUGCACCCACUGCAGCCAGAAACUGCUUUUGAAAACAGGGGUGGUUUGCUGUGCAGCACGACACGUCGCUUCGGAAAAUAAUCGGAAGCACAAUCCUCUCUUGGGUAGCCAGAACUGCACGGUUCUUUGGAUCUCUUACGCAACACUGCUCAGUUCAAGAGUGGUGGAGCUGUCUUUGCUCCCUUUGAUAACACAUUUACUCAGAAGUAAGCCCCACAGUCAAUGGCGCUCCCUCCGGAGUACAUUCAGGAUUUCAGCCUGACCAAUACAUCCCAUUUUGAAUCUCAUCUCUGCUAAAAUCUUAUUAAAGAGCCUUAUGAAACCAGUAUUUCUUGACCCCUCUAAUAACUGCAGUGGGGAAAUCAGUCUUGACCUAACUUACAGGGCUAUAAAAGAUGCCCGACCCUUUGAAUACUCAAAAAAGGACUGAAUAAAUGCUCCAUGCAAAUUGUUAAGGUCAGUGCAAUCUUCCAAACAGCCCUCAAGGAAUCCAAUUAGAAAAUCCUCCUCAUAGAGAUGGAUACAAUCAGACAAAGCUUCAGGGGCCGAUACGGCUUCACCGUAUCGAAGCGCUGUCUGGUUGGGGCCAAAGCGGGACUGAAGCUAAACCAGGCCAGUCUGCUUGAGUUCAUUCUGAAGCAAAGCAGGACUUCUGAAGCAGAGCCAAAACCAAUAGGAGCUCCCUUCAAAGCUUGGAACGGGUAUCCAAUCUAGUAAUUUGAGGCUUCAAACUGUUUGGAAUUCCCUUCAAAUGUUUAGGAAAUCCUAGAUGCCGCCGGUUACUAGAUGUUGCAGCUUGAUGUCGCAAGUUACUAGAUCUCAACAAGUAGAAUAUUUUCCCCCAUCUCAUUCCCUCAAGGCAUUCAGGAUGGAUUCCAAGCUGCAGAUCUCAUGCCAGCUCCAUUCCAAGCAUCCCCGCUUUACAGGGCUCGGAGCGUGUCCGGUACGCGCCUCUCGGAAAGGCGGCCGAGAACGAGAGGGCGAAUGUGUGAAUCGGUGUGAGUGGCGAGUGAGUUUUCUAAAGUCCACGUUUACAACUGUAAAUACAAUUUUUUUAUACCACUGUCGAAUUCUGUAUGUGAUUUGUACAAUGUCGUUCUAUUUCUGCUAUGGAGUAACUUCAUGAUGGCUGAACCUUAACUUUGAACUUGAAAAAGAAAUAUAUAAAUAUAUAGAUACACACACACACACACACCCCUAUAACCCUGUCCCUCCCUCUCUUCUCACCUUCAAAGGACAUUGGGACUAUCACAUUAUACGUGGGAUCAAAUGGAAAUUAAGCACACUGGUUGGAGGUUUACUUUCCUUCCCCCCACACACCCCACUCCAUCUUUUCAAAUCACAAUUAUUGCUGCAAUUGUUUCAAAUGUUGACAGGUCUAAUAUACCAAGAGACAUCUCUGUCUGACUCCUUUGCUGUGGUCUUAAAAGAACCUGAUGACGUUUAUUGAAUAAAUCUGAAUUUAUUUGAAUAAA